AUCGUCGAAGUAACUGUGAUACGUUCACUGACCACAACAAGUCAUCGUGGUGUUUCGGUAGUGAGGGAUGUGAGGGCCGCGGGCGAGGAGGUCGAGAAUCUGGCAGAUGCCGUCGUCGAGGAGAGUGGGUUGAGUAAGCGGUGACUCGUAUGGCUACUUAUCACUCUCAAUCGACAAAGUUGACAAAAGCGGAACUGACCCAGCUGUCUGAUUCGCCAGGGUGGGGUUUUAUAUAGCUCCGUCGAGGUGGGAAUAUCUCCAGGAAUUUAGCUGGAAAAACUGGAAUAUUUGACUAUUCGCAGACUGGAAUCUCCGGGGCUGUUGUGACCAUUUUAUGAGAACUCCUCGGGACCGCUUUGGCCCGUAGAGUCUGGGAGUUGUGGUGCCGUCGUCUGGAUUCCAUCGGCGUUCCUCGUGCGGGUCGCAUUCGCUUGAACCUGUUUAUUUCUUGUGGGUGUUCGGUGCCUCGGUUCAGUCAUUUCUGUUGUUGAUGGUAAUGGUUGGUUUGUGCGUGUGUUCCACUGAGAGGAGUCGUGGUGAGGUGGCCAUGGGCGUGGCUCUCUUACGAGUCCAGCAGAAAUACAAACUUCCCCCCUGCUUGCCUCCCGAUCCCCAGACCUCUCCCUGGUCUUGCUGAAGCCCUCAGUCGACUGUUCUUUUGUCAAUUUUCCUUGGCGAGCUUUGGCGAACCUGCAGCUUGAGGAGUGCGCUUCAGUUUGUUACGAAAGAUGCAACGGGGCAGCAAUAUGGACAAAGUUUCAAGUAUCGAGGGUGAGAAGAAGUUCAAGGGCGAUGUCGACGGCCCCGGAUCCUUACCUGGGUCUCUUGUGAAGCAUCCGGAGGGUAGAGGGACAUGGCCGAUUUCAGCUUUCCAUCUGGCCACCACCAUCGCCACUCCUGCAGCCUUCGCUCCCUUGCCCUACGCCAUGUCGCAGUUGGGUUGGAUAGGAGGUGUGGUGACAUUACUGGUGGGGACGGCCGUCACUUACUACUGUACUCUCCUGCUGGCGAGCUUGUGGGACUGGGAUGAGCCUAAUCGAUAUGUUCGCUACCGAGACCUUGGGCGCUCCAUCUACGGAGCGAAGGGGUACUGGUCCGUAUUGGCUUUUCAGCAAAUUGCGUCCAUAGGCAACAAUAUUACCAUUCAGAUUGUGGCUGGGCUGAGCAUGAAGUCGAUCUAUACCACUUACUCGAGCAACCCGAGCGGCAUGACGCUGCAGCACUUCAUCAUUCUUUUUGGGGUGGUGGAGCUCUUCCUGUCGCAGUUUCCGGACAUCCACUCUCUUCGCUUUCUUAAUGCUCUCUGCACUGGCUGCACCAUCGGCUUCUCUGUGUCGGUGGUGGCCCUCUGCGCCCAUGCUCUAAGAAAUGGAGACGCAGACGGUUCGAGCUACGACAUAGUUGGAAGUCCAUCUGACAAAACUUUCGGCAUUUUCGCGGCCCUCGGCACAAUUGCCUUCUCGUUUGGCGACGCCAUGCUGCCCGAAAUUCAGGCAACACUUCGAGAACCAGCCAAGUUGAACAUGUACAAGGGUUCCACGCUUGCAUACACAGUGAUUGCGGUUUCGUACUGGACAGUGGCCUUCAUGGGUUACGCUGUGUUCGGAAACACGGUGAAUCCGUAUCUAGUCAAUUCAUUUUUCGGACCUGAUUGGCUCAUUACGUUAGCCAACAUUUUUGCUAUAAUCCAAGUCCUCGGUUGCUAUCAGAUAUACUGCCGUCCAACGUACCUUUACGUCGAGCAACAAGUGAUGGACUACAACAAACACCCCUGGAGCCUCCAGAACGCUUUGGCAAGGGUGGGAGUAACCGCAACCUACAUUGUCGUUAUCACUGUGAUUGCAGCAGCAGUUCCAUUCUUCGGCGACUUCGUUGCACUUUGUGGAGCAAUUGGAUUCACUCCUUUGGACUUCAUCAUCCCUGUCAUUGCAUUCCUCAAGGUGCGAAACCCGAAGAACCCACUUGUGAAGCUCAUCAAUGUGGCCAUUGUGGUGGUGUACUCCAUUGUGGCCAUUCUGGGGGCCAUCGGCGCCAUCCAGUUCAUUCAUCACGACACCAACCGCUACCAAUUUUUUGCAAACCUGUAAAUACAUUUUCAUGUACCAGUCACUUGAAUUAUGCAUACUCUAACCUCCCUUUUUCUGUGUAAUAACAUGCGUGAUUGUUAGUGUUGAUGCUUGCACUAUGGGUAACAUCAGCACAGAAGGAUAUGGUUCGGGAGGAAUCAAGCAGUACUAUAUUGGAAUUUUGUGAUAUUAAUUGAAGAUUCUUAUCUCGGUACCCUUCA